AUGAAUGGGCUGACUGGGCAGAAAAUGCAGAAAAUAUUUAAGGCUCUUGUCCCUGAAUCUGUAUAUGACGAUCCGCGUAAUUUGGUGGAAUAUUGCUGCUUCCGGUUUUUGUCAAGGAACAGUGCUGAUGUUUAUCCUAGCCUCAAGGAACCUGCAUUUCAGAGACUAGCUUUCAUCACCAUGCUUGCGUGGCAGAAUCCGCACAGAAAAGGAAAGGAUAGUAGGAUUAAGUUGCUUGAUAAAAAUACAUUCCAUAGGAAGCUUGUGGGGGAAGAGGCAUUCAUUCGCAUUGCGCCAGCUGUGGCUGGGGUGGCUGAUAUUCCCACUGUUCAUAAUCUUUUUAAAGCUCUUGCUGGUGAUGAGAAUGGCAUCUCGUUUUCUGUAUGGUCGACAUAUAUUAAUGAACUUAUCAAAGUGCAUGAAGGUCGGAGUUCUUACCAAUCUCAGGAGUUCUCGUCGAAUCAUUCCGAGGAGAAAAUCCUAUGUCUUGGUUCUAGCCGAAAGCAGCCUGUAAUAAAAUGGGAAAAGAACAUGGCAUGGCCAGGGAAGCUGACUUUGACUGACAAGGCACUUUACUUUGAGGUAUUAUGUAGCAGUUCGGAUGCAUUAGUACUCGAAUUUGUCGACCUGGGAGGCGAGAUGAGGCGUGAUGUCUGGUUCGCGUUUAUCCACGAGGUCAUCUCCCUGCACAGAUUCAUCUCCGAGUACGGGCCGAGGGACGGCGAUCCAUCCGUGCACGAUGUGUACGGGGCCCACAAAUGCCGGGCCCGGGCUGCGGCCCACGCCGCCAACUCCAUAGCCCGGCUCCAGGCUCUCCAGUUCAUGCGCCGCACAGCCUCACUCGACGACCCCACAAAGCUCGUCCAGCUCUCGUACCUCCACAGCGCUCCCUAUGGGGACGUUGUGCUCCAGACCCUUGCGGUCAGCUGCUGGGGCGGGCCCGCCAUCAGGAGCCUCUCUGGAUCUGGGGAGAAGGAGGCUGAGUCUCUUGAGUAUAUUAAUCAUGUGUAUGAUGUGGACGGGAGUGUGUAUCUGAGGAAAUGGAUGAGGUCCGGGUCGUGGGGAUCGAGUGCCUCCCUCGCGUUCUGGAGGAGUAGUGUAUCUGUGAGAAAGGGAGUUGUGCUCGGGAAGAAUCUUGUGGUGGGGGACAUGAAUUUGGUGGAGAGGGCUGCUGUGACGUGUCGGGAUAGGUACAGAGUUGCUGAGAAGACGCAGGCCACGAUUGAUGCUGCCAUGAUUGAAGGGAUCCCGAGCAACGUUGACCUUUUCAAGGAACUUGUACUUCCAUUGACUCUCACUGCCAGAAAUUUCGAAAGACUUAGGCGCUGGAAGGAUCCUCUUGUAACAGCAUCUUUUCUUGCACUUAUGUAUACACUCAUCUUCCGAAACUUGGUAUCGUAUGCAUUCCCAAAAAUCAUUGCCCUGAAAGAGGCCAUGCGUGAAGUCGAAAAGUUCCUCCAGAAUGUGAAUGUUGUCCUUCUCAAGAUACGCUCCGUCAUACUUUCCGGGCACCCUCAGGUCACUACGGAGGUAGCUCUGGCCCUACUAUUUGGUUCAACCGUUCUGCUUGUGAUCCCGUUCAAAUACAUUAUCGCCUUUGUUAUCUUUGAUCUCUUCACGAGGGAGCUGGAGUUCAGAAGAGAAAUGGUGCAGGCAUUCAUGAAAUUUGUGAAAGAGAGAUGGGAUGUUGUGCCUGCAGCCCCUGUUGUGGUGCUGCCCUUCGAGGACAGUCACAUGCGAAAGACACAAGUCGAUAACAAUGAAGGCGAUACAGAUAGAGCUACUCAAGAGCUAUAG